UAUAAGGGAAUAAUUUUCUGAAACCAUGUGACUAACAAAUAAGCACAUGUAAAAGAGUGUUUAUUCUAACCAAAAACAUAACACUACACACUAUGUGGUAAAAAUUCAAGCUAAAUUUUUAAGUAAACAUAAUUCCUACACAAAUUAUAGAUAAUUACCAAAUCAUCAGUCAAAAAAACGAAUGGAACUAUAUUCGUCUUGACUUUGACUCAAACUAUUCAGUCACUGCAUCUGUCCUGACUACGGAAUAUGUCCUGCUGCGGAGUAACAACAAAUGAAGGAAUCGGAGAGAUGUCCCUGGGAUGCAAAGCUCCCAACUGUAUGUGUACCAGGAUUGAAUUUCCUACCGCAAAGAAGAAAGUGAAGAGGAAAGACAAGAGGAAAAGGAGAAAGAUUUAUGAACCACCCUCUUUACCAGAGACAUUUGUUACAUACGAGCCUUGUGUACAUCUGCAUUUUAAAACUGACUUGAUUGAUCGGGAUUGUCUGACCCAUGAGCAGUAUUUAGAUUUGCUGGCAACCCCGAAAGGGUAUCGCUGGAUUGGAGAGAUCGACUGUGACAACCCAGAACUGGAUAUUAAUAAAGUAAAGCGAAAGAAGCCAAAGAAACCUAAAAAAAUUGAGACAAUAAUAGUGAAAGCCAGAUGCUGGGGAGUAAAAGAUGCGGAAGACGACAUAAAGGAUGCUUUUUAUGAAGAAAGGAUCGAGGAAGAGUAUAGAAAACUUCCCAGCUAUGACACAAAGAUAAUAAUGGGGGACUUAAAUGCAAAAAUUGGCAAAGAACAAAUGGAGCAGUGGCAGGAUAAGCAUAAUGUGGAGUUGAGGCAACUCAUAUAUGGGACCCAGGACCAUAGUGGCCGAGGUGUGAAGAAGUAG